GACUGCAUUCAGUAAGAGAAGAAAAUGAAGAGAAGAUCUUUCCCAAGAUCCAACAGUGGGCAAGAAGAUGAGGAAGGACAAAGUUGUGACAGAAAACAUAGCCUCAGAAAAAGAAAGUGUGUCAUCUAUUGGGAUCAUGCUGACAAAAAUGAUGAUGGUGAUGAUAAUGAUAAUGAUGAUGAUGAUAAUGAGGAAGAGGAGGAGGAGGAGCAGGAAAAUUACAACCAGAUACCACCACACAACUGGGAUAAAGAUCUAGAACUGUGGCCUGUAAUCUGUGGGACCAAAGAGGGGAUGAUGGAUGCCAAAAAGCUGGAGAAAAGUCUGAAGUGUAUUGAAUGUGAGGGCCGCCACUUCACCCCACCUGCCUUUGAGGACUUUGCAGGAAAAAGCUUGUCUAAAAAAUGGAAAGCCACCAUAUACUCUGAUGGAAAGCCUCUUCAAUACUGGUUUGAUAAAGGUCUCCUGGUCACUAGGGGAUAUUUGAAAAAAAGAACCGAGAGCAUCAAGACGAAAGCUCAGACAUUUCAGAACAACAAAGAUAAAUCUGCUCAUAAUUUAAGACAACACGACUCUCUGGGAGGCUGUAUCCUCAUGGAAGAGUCAGAAGCAGAGUUUACAGAAGACUCUGAGGAAGAAGAUGUUAGUGAAAGACUUCCAGGCAGUAAAAACAGGGUCUUGAGGAUGGAGGAAAAGAAAGGGGGGCAUGAUGAUAGAAAUGGUGGCGACUAUGUGAACUCAGACCAUCAAGAAGAAAAACAAGAUGAUAAACUGGAUCAGCAUGAAAUAGAAGAGGAUGGGGAUGCGUCUGAUGACCCUAAAGACCUCUGUGCUCCUAAAAAAACUGAUCCAAGAUUGAUCAUUUCAACACCUGAGAAACUUGCACUGCAGAUGAAAAUGAAAGUUAUGUUAAAAAGAAUGUCAGUGACAAGGAGUGACUGUCCGACCACCACUAUGAACCAUCUAAUAGAAGGUGAGGAGAAAAAAGACAGAGCUUCACGGAUGACAUAUUGUGAAAAGGAAAAAGACAGUGAGACAGAAGAGCUCUUAGAAAUGGCAGUACCCGAGGACAGUGAAGAACCAAUAGAAUCUGAAACAGUAGACGUUGCCACAAACAAUUGUCCCCAACCACUACCUGUUGAAGAGGAAAUCCAUGAAUCAUUGAGGCUUUCUGCUGCACCUUUGAAUAUGCCUGGUCAGAGCAGAUAUGAUAAUCACACAGAUGUAAGCAGCUCAGACCAAAUCGAGUCACAAAUUCUAUCAGAGACAAGCAUCCAAGGUUCAGCCAGUGCUCAUCUCUCAGAUAAAGUGGAGAUCUCAGCGUCGGGGGUCUUAGCUGGUUCUGAUGUGAACACAAUGGAUUUGCAUCAACUCCAGAGAGAAAUGCUAAAAAUGCAGCUGGACGUUUUAAGACUACAAAAGGAAUAUUAUACUUUGAAGCUAAAGGACUUAAACUGUUACAAUUGAAAUGGAUUGUCUCAAUACAAUAGGAAGAUCGAUACAGGACGUGAUGGAUACUGCAACUUUAAUGAGGAUUAUGUGUGGGAUAUAAUAUUUUCCAUAACAAGACAUUACAAAAAAUAGAAUUUGAUUAUUACAACAUACAACAUGUUACAAAAAGAUUCCACUUUCCCUGAAUAGUUUCAUUGGCAGAGGAAGACACAAUACCAUAGGAGAACCCUUUCAGUAUAAUCUUAGUAUGUAUUUUACAACGUAGCAUACAAAGUGUUGUAAAUUAAUGAAUAAAUUGUUAUGAGUCUAAAACUCACACAUAUAAGUGUUAGAAGGGAGGAUUAUACUGAUGGAUGUCCAUUUAGCCAGGCUGCCACAGAUUGUUUGGACAGGUCAAAAGAUUUGCCACAUGGCUCUUACAAGCCAUUUUUAUGGUACAUGUGCACCACCAUUUGGAAUCAACACAAAUGCAAUCCAGAUAUUGCAGCAAUGACUCAAUAAUACCAGUACUCAAUUCUACAUUACGUUAUGCAGGUGCUUUACUCAGUUCAGCAAGCUGGAUGCUUAAAACUGAAAGUGAAACUGAUGGUAUAACCUCUUUUCUGAUUUAUUUGGUUGAUGAUUAUCAAAAUGCUUGGGGGCACUCAAAGAGCAUUAUAACGGUAUUCCCAGGUGGUCAGUUGAUCUUUAAAUAAAAAAUGUAAAAACAUUUAAUAAAACUGUUGGGUGUGAGAGGCCAUACAGACUCAUGGAUACAGGAGAUCCUUCCUGCCCACAGCCAUCAGCAUCUACAACGGCUCUUUGAGGAAACCUUCAUAAUAUGAGCUAUAACAACAUUUAAUUUCCCUUUGGGAUUAAUAAAGUAUUUUUGAAUUGAA